UAUUGUUUUUAAUUUCAUAACGUAUGCUCUCAGAUGGCAGUUAAGCAGGGAAACCAACUGCAGAUGCAGGUCCAUGAAGGCUAUCGUGUUGUCUACGAAGCCCCACCCCCAGUUGGAGCAGAAAAACGACCAGUUGCAAGGACAGGGAAGAAGCCGCUUGCACAUUAUUCUUCACUGGUGAGAGUCUUGGGAUCAGACAUGAAGACCCCGGAGGAGCCUGCAGCACAGCAGUUUCCACCUGCUCCACGUGACGCAGACCAGCCUCAAGACAAGCCCCCAGACUGGUUCACAAGCUACCUAGAGACAGUGAGUGUUCUUUCUGGCUUGGGUUUUAGUGGCAGUGUUGGAACAGGUGGAAUGUGGAAGAAACAGAAAGCUAAAUCCAGAUGGCUGCUGCCUCUGGUACAGGUGAAUGAAGAGUAGUAGCUAAUAAUAUCCAAACUAGAGUAGUUCCAGUCAAGAAAGUUCCUAGCUUUUGCAAUAAUGUACUAGAAAAAGGGGGGAAUUUAAUUCUAA